UAUGUCAAUAUCAAUAUUAAGGUGAUUUUUUAAAGGUGUAUUAAUGUAAACAUUUCUAAGUUUAUUAGACUUUUAAACCACAGGUGACAACACGUACAAUAAAAAAUUUGCAAUUUUUUAAUGCCAUUAAAAUCACGUUAUGAAAGAGAGUUAACCUGAAGUUGUGAAAUUUCAUAGUGAAAUUUCUUUUAUUUUGAAAAAGGAAUUUUGUUAUUUAAAACCCGGAAGUGCUGAUUAACCUCCUCUGACGAGCCGAAUACGAAAUCACUCUUGGCGUCCUAUGUGCGCGCACUACCUAGAGUACGAAAUAGUAGCUCAUACACCCUACAGCGAGCACUUCAUCUACAGUCGGAAGGCAAAGCCAUGUGAUAAAACCCCACACUGCGUAAUGGAGGAGCUGGAUACAGAGGAGCAAUUUCUCCAGGAUGCCAGAAAUGGGAACCUGCCAGGAAUUCAAAGGCUUCUGAUGUCUAAAAUAAAAGAAGAAGCAAAAUUUGACAUCAACUGUAAAGGCAAGAGCAGGUCAAAUUUUGGAUGGACUCCUCUUCAUCUGUCCUGCUACUUUGGACACAGGGAUGUGGUGGAGGAAUUGCUAAAGGCUGGAGCAGACGCCAAUCUGACAAACAACGUAGGAGACACACCACUUCAUAAAGCAGCAUUCACAGGACGAAGGGAGGUGGUGAUGCUGCUGCUUCAGUAUAAUGCAUGUCCUUCAGUCAUUAACGGCUCGGCUCAGAUUCCCAAAGACAUCACGCACAGUGAGGAGAUCAGGAGCAUGCUGGAGGCGGCUGAACGAACCGAGGAGAGGAAGUUGGAGGAGCAGGUGUUAGAAGCAGCUCGAGAAGGAGCCACAACCACCCUGUUAAAACUGCUGAACAGGAAGAAACCUCCAAAUAUCAACUGCACGGACCUGCUGGGUAACACGCCUUUACACUGUGCUGCAUACAGAGGCCAGAAACAGUGCGCAGUCAAACUGCUGCAGAACGGAGCCAACCCCAACAUCAAGAACAAGAACGGUCAGACUGUGUUUGAUCUUGCAAAGGACACAGAGAUGAGGCAGAUCCUGGACGGCAGUUUUAAGAAAGGUCUGAGGCGUUAUGUUCAGAUGUUUGAUGGUCCACUUUGGAAGAGCACCAGGUUCUUUGGCUGGCGUUCCUGCUGGGUCGUUCUUCAAGAUGGCGUUUUGUCAUGGUACUCAAAACAGUCUGAUGCUGCAUCCAACAGUCAGAGUAAAGGCUCCAAGGCCCUGACCCAGGCCCAAUGUAGUACUAAAGACAGCUGCUACUUCACAGUCAAGUGCUUUGAUGACAGCAUCCAUUAUUUUAAAGUCUCACCAAAAGGCGACCCAGAAGCCACCAGAAAAAAAUGGUUGGAAGCUAUUGAGGCGCACUCUGCAUUCAGCACUCAUUACUGCUCGCAGGAUCAGGACAGUGAGGACGACGAGGAUGAUGUGAUAUCACUGGGUGAGCUGACGGAGUCUCUGCAGCGGGCCGAGACGUGUCACGGGAAGUUGGAGUCUGAGGUGUUGUCCUUCCUCUCUAUGGUGAAAGAGGAUGCACUCGGUGAAGGCCUCCCGGUGGCUGUGCUGCAGAAGCUUAGAGAGGUGUGUGAUGCAUCCAGCGAGACCUGUUCGGCUCUCCGUCAGUGUCUCGACUUGUUCUCCAAACAGGAGGGGGCAUGCAGUCUGAAGCUGGAACAGGAAGUGGAGAAGAACAAGAUCCUGUCGGAGGCUCUGCAGACUUUGGCUACGGAGCAUCAUGAGCUGGAGCAGUCUGUGGUUCGAGGCUCGUCUCCCCGCAGCGCCAUUCUCAGCGAAGACGACUUCUACGAUGCGCUUUCCUAUUCCGACUCAGAGCAUUCACAGAGCUGCCUAGAGUUGAGUCUCUCAUUCAAGGAAGAGGACGAGGGCAGGUCAGAGCUCUAUUAUAGCUUGCCGAGUUGUCUCAGCAGAGGGAGGAUGUCCCAGGAGGAUUGGCGUGGUGAUGAAGAGGAGGAGGAUGAAGGAGCCAAACACAGUGGAGCAAAAAAAAAACACAGGACGAGUUUGCCGGCACCCAUGUUUUCCAGAAACAACUUCAGCAUCUGGAGCAUUCUGAGAAAGUGCAUUGGAAUGGAGCUAUCUAAGAUCACCAUGCCAGUCAUCUUCAAUGAGCCACUCAGCUUCUUACAGAGACUCACAGAGUACAUGGAGCACACUUAUCUCAUUCAGCAGGUUAACGACAUCACCGACUCCAUCGAGAGAAUGAAGUGUGUAGCCGCGUUUGCAGUGUCUGCAGUUGCGUCUCAGUGGGAGAGGACUGGGAAACCCUUUAACCCCCUGCUGGGGGAGACGUAUGAGCUCGUCAGAGAGGAUUUGGGGUUCCGGGUGAUCUCAGAGCAGGUGAGUCACCAUCCUCCAGUUAGUGCUUUCCACGCUGAGGGUCUGCAGAAUGACUUUAUUUUCCAUGGGUCCAUCUACCCCAAGCUGAAGUUCUGGGGUAAAAGUGUGGAGGCUGAGCCGAAAGGCAUCAUGACUCUGGAGCUGCCUAAGUAUAAUGAGGCAUAUACAUGGACAAACCCGACAUGCUGCGUUCACAACAUCAUCGUGGGGCAGCUUUGGAUUGAACAGUAUGGUAACUUGGAGGUGAUCAACCACAGAACUGGAGAGAAGUGCUGUCUCAGCUUCAAACCUUGUGGUCUUUUUGGCAAAGAGCUGCACAAAGUCGAGGGCUACAUUCUUGAUAAAAGCAAAAAGAAAGUGAGUGUUCUGUAUGGGAAGUGGACGGAGUGCAUGUACGCAGUGGAUCCGGCAACGUUCGAGGCUCACAAGAAGAGCGAUAAGGUCACAGAGGGGAAGAAAAGCAGUAAAGAGGGGUCCAGUGCUGAGUCUGAGGAAAGCCCACAACCAGGCGGUGACUCUCUGGAGGAGAUUUCAGGCAGCCAGUUACUUUGGAAAAUCACACCACGACCAGCCAACUCCGCUCAGAUGUACAGUUUCACAUCGUUCGCCAUGCAGCUAAACGAACUGGAUGAACACAUCGAAGCUGUAAUUCCCAAAACCGAUUGCAGACUGAGACCCGACAUCCGCGCCAUGGAAAAUGGAGACAUUGACUUGGCAAGUGAGGAGAAAAAGAGGCUAGAGGAAAAGCAGAGAGCUGCACGCAAGAGCCGAUCCAAGUCAGACGAGGACUGGAAGACAAGAGGCUCUGCCUCUGGCCCCAGGUUUGCCCAGCAUGCUGUAUGCAGAUUUUUAUUUUUAUUUUUUUCAGUUUUUCUAGUUGAUGGUUCUCAUUUCUGAUUACAAGAAUGUGAAUCAGGACAUGGAAGUAAGAAGUGGUUUCAUCAGGGUUCAAACCCUCAUACCAACUCUCCAGACUGGCUCUUCUCCACCGCCUACUGGGACCGAGAUUACUCCCAAGUGCCUGAUAUUUACUGAGACAGUCUACGAUAUCUUCAAGCUAAUUGGGCCACAUGGGAUAUUUGUAUGAUAAACUUGUUUCUGAGAUGGAACAGGUUUAUCGUAUCUUUACAUUAUUUAUUUAUUUUUUUAAGAAGAAAAUGUUCUUACUUAAUUGUUCAUGCACAUAAAUUAUAAGGGUGGAGUAAUUUGAUUCAGUAAUGUAAAGUCAAUCAUGUGAUGGGUUACUCAAGCUGCCGUAAUAAGAAAACAAGUAAUAAUAAUUCAAAGAUUUAUUUUGUGUGAUUGGAUUCUCAGUGGUGGCAUUUGUAAAAUAUGAAGAAGAAAUGCAUUUGUAUGACAAUCAUCCCCUUUUCUAAACAAUUAGAACACAAGAACACUACUAAUUUUUAAUUGUACUAAAUGUACUAAACUUUGUAUUAUUUAUUUCAGAGCUCUUUUUAUGCUUUACUUUUUCACUAAUGUACUGGAUAUUUUAAAAUAAUAUUUAAUGCAGAUAUGCAGCUUUACACACGCUUCUUCAGCUUGGACUUUAUUUUUUGUUCUCAAUAACGAUGAGACAAUAACUGUUUUUAUCAUCUCAUGUAGUGAUGUGUAGUGACUCAUUAUGGUGCGUGCGUGCGUGUGUGUGUGUGAGAGAGAGAGAGUUAAUCCUAUUCAUGAAAACCUAAUAAUGUGAAAUAUUACUCCACCAUAAGAAGAUUCUGUUUAUCUCAGUUGGUUUAAGGUUGGUGAGGAUGUGAUGGAUCAUUAGAAGUGCUUAAUGCAUUUCAUUUUACCACACAGACAGUUUUAAGUUUAAUAUAACUUACUGCUGUUUAUUUUCUAGUUAUUCCAGAAUUAUGUACAUUAUUAUUUGGCAUUGUUUUGUGUACACCACAAGGUUGUAUAGCUGGAUUUACUGGCCUGCUGAAUAAAACCCUAAGCAGACCCAA